GAAGCUUACUCAGUUCAAGUAAAAGAUUAGUUCCUGAAUUCAGGCUGAUUUGCCUAGAUGAUUAGACUUUAGGCUCUGAGGAGAAGCCCCUGAGGCCAAGAAUUGUGGACAUCACAAAGAGUGGGAGAUUACUUGACCUGUAGACAAUGUGGACUGGAUAUAGGAUCUUAAUCUUUUCUUGUCUUACCACAGAAAUUUGGAUGGAGAAGCAGUAUUUAUCUCAAAGACAAGUGAAUCCAGGAGCAUAUUUGACUAGGAAUCACACCACUUUGGAAGGUACUCGAUUCAAAAGAGCCAUUUUCAAAGGGCAAUACUGUAGGCAUUUUGGUUGUUGUAAAGACAGAGAUGACGGCUGUGUCACUCAAUUCUAUGAGGUGAAUACACUGUGUUACUGUGAUAAAUUCUGUGAAAGGGAAAAUUCUGAUUGCUGUCCUGAUUACAAGUCCUUUUGCCGGGAAGAGGAAGAAUGGUCUCCUCAUACAUUGUCUUGGUAUCCAGAAGGUUGCCUCAGAGGUGGUCAGCAUUACAAAGAAGGAUCCAUAAUUAAAGAAAAUUGCAAUUCCUGCACAUGUUCAGGACAGCAAUGGAAAUGUUCCCAGCAUGUAUGCCUUGUUCGUCCAGAAUUAAUUGAAUAUAUCAAUGAAGGAGACUAUGGAUGGACAGCACAGAAUUACAGCCAGUUUUGGGGAAUGACUUUAGAAGAAGGUUUCCGAUUUCGCCUUGGAACUUUGCCUCCUAGCCCCACACUUCUGAGCAUGAAUCAAGUGACAACAACUUUGCCUGUGACAACGGAUCUUCCAGACUUCUUUGUUGCUUCUUACAAGUGGCCUGGAUGGACCCAUGGUCCACUGGAUCAAAAAAACUGUGCUGCCUCCUGGGCCUUUUCCACUGCAAGUGUGGCAGCUGACCGGAUAGCAAUUCAAUCCAAAGGUCGCUACACGUCUAAUCUAUCUCCCCAAAAUUUGAUCUCUUGCUGUCCUAAGAACCGGCAUGGAUGCAACAGUGGAAGCAUUGAUAGGGCUUGGUGGUACCUGAGAAAACGUGGGCUGGUAUCACAUGCAUGCUACCCACUUUUCAAGGACCAAAAUGCCAGCAUUAAUGGCUGUGCCAUGGCAAGUAGACCUGAUGGUCGAGGAAAACGACAUGCCACAAAGCCAUGCCCCAACAACAUUGAGAAGUCUAACAGGAUCUACCAAUGUUCUCCUCCAUACAGAGUCUCUUCUAAUGAAACUGAGAUAAUGAAAGAAAUCAUGCAAAAUGGACCCGUUCAAGCCAUAAUGCAAGUCCAUGAGGAUUUCUUCCAUUAUAAGACAGGAAUAUAUAGGCAUGUCGUCAGUACAGAGGAAGAAUCAGGAAAAUACAGGAAACUUCGGACACAUGCAGUCAAACUAACUGGGUGGGGCAUCCUGAAAGGAGCACAAGGACAGAGAGAAAAAUUCUGGAUUGUUGCCAAUUCCUGGGGAAAGUCCUGGGGAGAGAACGGCUAUUUCAGGAUUCUUCGAGGAGUAAAUGAAUCUGACAUUGAAAAGUUGAUUAUCGCCGCUUGGGGCCAACUGACAAGUUUGGAUGAACCAUAACAUCUCAUUAAAUUUCCAUAAGGCCAUUCAUUUAAGCAACUCCUUAAAUUGAAGUUUAGCAAUGUGCAGUUCUCAGCAUCAGUGGAAUCUCUCCUUACUCUGUCAUUAUAAUGUACCUGUUUUCUUGUUUUACCCCAGGCUCCAUGUGACUGCUUCCUUUCUAUUAUGGAG